GAGGAGGAGGCCGCGGCCGCGCGCAUGCGCAGUGCGUGGCGGAGCCGGAAGGCGGGGGCCUGAGGCGAAGGGGCCGCGCCGGUCCCCUCCCCCCCCUGGCCGGUCGUCGGCGGGGGAGGGGCGGCGGAAGAUGGAGACGCACAUCUCCUGCCUGUUCCCCGAGCUGCUGGCCAUGAUCUUCGGCUACCUGGACGUGCGGGACAAGGGGCGGGCGUCGCAGGUGUGCGUGGCCUGGCGGGACGCGGCCUACCACAAGUCGGUGUGGCGCGGGGUGGAGGCCAAGCUGCACCUGAGGCGGGCCAACCCGUCCCUCUUCCCCAGCCUGCAGGCCCGGGGCAUCCGAAGGGUGCAGAUCCUCAGCCUCCGCCGCAGCCUCAGCUACGUCAUCCAGGGCAUGGCCAACAUCGAGAGCCUCAACCUCAGCGGCUGCUACAACCUGACCGACAACGGGCUGGGCCACGCGUUCGUGCAGGAGAUCGGCUCGCUGCGCGCCCUGGACCUCAGCCUCUGCAAGCAGAUCACCGACAGCAGCCUGGGCCGCAUCGCCCAGUACCUCAAGGGGCUGGAGGUGCUGGAGCUGGGCGGCUGCAGCAACGUCACCAACACCGGCCUGCUGCUCAUCGCCUGGGGCCUGCGGCGCCUCAAGAGCCUCAACCUGCGCAGCUGCCGACACCUGUCCGACGUGGGCAUCGGGCACCUGGCGGGCAUGACCCGCAGCGCCGCCGAGGGCUGCCUGGGCCUGGAGCAGCUGACCCUGCAGGACUGCCAGAAGCUCACCGACCUGUCCCUCAAGCACGUGGCGCGGGGGCUGGCCGGCCUGCGCCUCCUCAACCUCAGCUUCUGCGGGGGCAUCUCCGACGCCGGCCUGCUGCACCUGUCCCACAUGGGCAGCCUGCGGGGGCUCAACCUGCGCUCCUGCGACAACGUCAGCGACACGGGCAUCAUGCACCUGGCCACCGGCAGCCUGCGCCUCUCGGGCCUCGACGUGUCCUUCUGCGACAAGGUGGGCGACCAGAGCCUGGCCUACAUCGCCCAGGGCCUGGACGGGCUCAAGUCGCUGUCGCUCUGCUCCUGCCACAUCAGCGACGACGGCAUCAACCGCAUGGUGCGGCAGAUGCACGGGCUGCGCACCCUCAACAUCGGCCAGUGCGCCCGCAUCACCGACCGGGGCCUGGAGCUCAUCGCCGAGCACCUCGGCCAGCUCACGGGCAUCGACCUCUACGGCUGCACCCGCAUCACCAAGCGCGGCCUGGAGCGCAUCACCCAGCUCCCCUGCCUCAAGGUGCUCAACCUGGGACUCUGGCAGAUGACCGAGAGCGAGAAGGUCAGGUGAGGCGGGGGCCGGGGGAAGGCACGCCU